AUGGACACCGUUGUCUACAUCAUCAUUGUUCUCCUUGGCACCACUGGGAACUCUGUGGUCAUCUGGGUGGCCGGCUUCCGUAUGAAACCCAAUGUCACCAACGUAUGGCUGGUCAACCUGGCCAUAGCUGACCUGAUCUUCUGCAUUACACAAGUGACUUCACUUGUCAAAGUUUUGGUUGAAUACUGGCCUUUUGGAGACUUUCUCUGCAAGUUAACUGGCUUAUUCAAAUAUACCAACAUGUUCUGCAGUGUUUUCCUGCUAGCUGUUAUUAGUGUGGAUCGAGUGCUCUGCGUGUGGCGUCCGGUGUUCACGAGGAAGAGACGGACGUUGUGUGCUGCUCGUGUGAUCAGUUCGGGGGUUUGGUUUGUGGCGACAAUCUUCAGUUCGCCAUACUUUGUGUAUCGGGAGGUCUACACUGACCAAAACAACUUGAGCCAAUGCUCAUUUAAGAAAACAGAAGAAGCAGAUGAAGGAAGUUCAGGAAAGUAUGUUUACUUCUACAUUCGCUUCAUUUGUGGAUUUCUGGUACCUUUCCUGGUGAUCUUUACCUGUUACACACUAGCAGCUGUUGGAAUACGCAGGACGCGACUCUGUGGCAAAUCAAGACCUCUUCGCAUUCUUGCUUUACUGGUUUUGGCCUUUUUCUUAUGCUGGGCCCCAUACCACAUCCUUGGUCUUAUAAAGCUGAAGAAUGAAAGCCACCCAGCUGUAAAGCUGGGAUGGCGUAUGGCUUCAAACUUAGCCUAUUUCAACAGCUGUGUGAACCCAGUGCUGUACUUCUGUAUGGGUCUGGAUCUAAGUCAAUGCUGCAAUCAAAGUCUGUUAGCCGUUUUUCAUAGGGCUCUUACAGAAGAAGGCCGAACUCUGUCCCAGGACAGCACCCUGCAGGAUGAACGCUUGAAUUGUGUUUUAAUGGCUGCUGGUAGAGUUCAUCACAUACCUGUGUCCAUGACUAUACUUUAA